AUGGCGGGGACCACCGGGGCGCUCUUGGUGCUGCUGCUCUGCGCCUCCCACGCUGCUGCCAGUUGUGGCAUCCAGGAAACCAGCGAUAUAGGACCUGCCGAGGAGGGGCUGGUCAGCGAGAGGGAGUUCCCGUGGGUGGUGUCGCUGCAGAGCUCCCACCACGCCCACCUGGCGUUCGGCAGCAUCCUCAGCGAGUUCUGGAUCCUCAGCAUCGCGUCCGCCUUCCAGCACAGGAAGGACGCCAUGGCCAUCGUGGGGAUCGCGAGGAUGAACGCCUCGGAGGUUGCUCACGAGGAGUUUCCGGUCAACACCAUCAUCGUCCACGAGCACUUUGACAGCAAGACGCUGGCCAACAACUUAGCCCUCCUGAAGACAGACACGGCCAUGCAGUUCAGCGGCCUGGUGCAGCCCAUCUGCUUCCUGGGCCGGAAGCUGUACAUGCCGCUGGGCUCGCGCAACUGCUGGGUGGCCGGCUGGAACCCCACGCUUGCAACGGGAGAGCAGAUGACGAUGAGCAUCCUGAGGAAAAUCUCCGUGCAAGACAUCAACCUGUGUCCCCUGAACCAGUUCCAGAAAACGGGAUGUGGCAGCCACGUGGAGCAGGAAACCGACACUGUCUGCUUGGGGGAGCCGGGCAACCCGCUCAUGUGCCAGCUGCAGGGGCUGGACCUGUGGGUGCUGCGAGGGGUCCUGACGCAGGGCGGCGAGAAGUGCCCUGGCCUCUUCCUGUACGUGAAGGUGGACGACUACAGCGACUGGAUCACCGCCAAGACGCAGACGGACAGCCUGCUCCCCCUGUCCACCUUCCACCAGUACCGCCGCCGCCAGGGCGAGGAGGAGGCGCCCGCCGAGGGCCCCGGGGCGCCCGCCGCCGAGACGCAGCUCCCGGAGCCGGCGAGCGGGACCCCGUGGCCGGAGAGCACCUCUUUCGGGGGCACAGAGCCCCCGGGGAAGGGCAUGAGGGACCUGGGCAGCGCCCCGGGGGACGAGGAGGCCCAGCCCGCCUACUACGACUACUACAGCGAGCCCGAGGCCGGCCACCAAGCGUCCGUGUCGGGCCAGGACGGGUGGCAUCGGCCCCAGGAAACGCUCUUGCUUUGCUCUGCGCUGGUGUUCCUUUGGAACGGGAGAGGGCCUGGGAGCUAA